AUGUUCGGCGGUGGUUCCCCAGCGUCCAGCUCAUCAUCGCCGUCCAGCGCGUCAGGCGGUGGGUCAGGUGAUGCCUACCACGCCUCAAGUGGUCGUCCAUCAGCCUCCAUCAACGGGCCCCCGACUUCAUUCCCUGCCCGCCCAUCCUCAUCAGGCCCGUCAUCAAGCAUCAACGGCUCUCCCACCUCAUUCUCCGCACGCCCCUCUCCAUCUGGAGGUGACUCGUUUGACUGGAAUGGCUUCCUUUCAGGUGGUGCUCACCCGUCAUCCCAAUCCGGAUCUUACUCCGGGGACGACUCCCAGCCGGGUCAGCCGUACGGCCAGUCCGAUGACAGCGAUUCAUACGCUGCUCCAGCCCGUCAUCACGGUCAUCAAUCCGCUGACCACAGCCACUCGUGGGCUGGACAAUCUGGCCGAGGCGCCAAUGGUCAAUCUUCCCAAGGAGGACUCGCCAGUGGCUUCCCCGGAGCUGGUCAAUCCGGCGGGGGUGGAUACGGCCAAGGUGCUGGCCAGCUAUCUGGCGGGGGUGGUCUCGGUCAAGGCGUCGGAGGAUUUGGUGGCGGAUUCGGUGGUGGUAUUGGACCCGGCCCUUUAGGCGGUCUGGCUUCAGGCAUUUUGGGUGUAGGCGCCGGCAUCGUUGGCACAGCUGCCGGCAUCCUGGGAGGAGGUCUUGGUGCAGGUGGCCCGCCCCCAGGCCCCGGUUAUUGA